AUCGGCCGACUCAAAGUAUCAAUCCAUCCGUCUCCUCUUAUUCUCCACUCCUCCUCCCUCUUCUUAUAUAAUAAAUAAGAGCUCUCCUCCUCCUCCUCUUCUUCUUCUUAUUCUCCUCCUCCUCAUCUUCUUUCUUGCUGGGCCCUUCUGAAAGCUUGUACUUGGAGAGAAGGAAUGGUGGAUUUUCAAGUGGUGUGCUGCAUGUGCGGCGACGUGGGUUUUCCGGACAAGCUCUUCCGGUGCAUCCGAUGCCUCAAUCGCUUCCAGCACUCGUAUUGUAGCAACUAUUACACCGAAUCGUCAGUGCCAAUUGAAUUAUGUGAUUGGUGUCAAAGCGAGCAGAGGAGUUCCACGAGACAUGGCGGGAGCUCGUCGUCAUCAUCCAGAAAAUCCAUGGGUGGUGGGCACGAUAGUGAUCGGGUUAAGCCUCAUGAUAAUGCAGUCGAGAAAUCCGGAAAGAAUGCAAGCACGGCGAGCGGGGUCCCAUCUCCUAGGACCACAACACGCCGGUACAAGCUUCUCAAGGAUGUCAUGUGUUGACAAUUUUCUCGAGAUUUAGACGGUAUUUUUCUAGGAAAAAAAAAAGCAGAAAACUUCGAUGGCUAAGUUGUGUAUAUAUAGUAAAACAAGCUAGCUAGUGAUGAUAUGGUUUCUUAUUAAGCGCUUUUUUUUCUUUAUUUAUGCACUUUCAUUUGCUAAAACUAUAUAUAUAUAUAUAUAUAUAUAUUAUAUAUCAGUGAUAGUUUUGCUUGAGAUGUGACUGAAGCUGUUGAUGAGAAUUGAAAACAUGUAAAUUACGUUCA